AUGUCAGACUAUUACGACUCUGAUACAAGCAAAGUAAAUAACUACUCAGCGUAUCAGGCGUUGGUGCUGCGAUGGGUGUCGGUGUCAUCUUCAUGUUUGAGCAUAGUUUUCGGAUUGGCCGCAUUGUAUUUUUACACGAAUAUGAAGACAAAAGUGUUUCGACACCAUCUCAUUCUGUUACUACUUUUAUUUGACUUUGGUAAAGCUGUCGUUUUACUAUGGUAUCCAGCGAGAGUACUUCUCGUAGCAUCGGCCUAUGACAAUAUCAAUUUUUGUGAUGUCGUAGGCUUUUUCACAUCUGCAUUUAUAGAAGGCGCCGAUUUGGCAGUGUUGGCGCUGGCUAUUCACACAGCUCUGCUAAUCUUUAAAAAGUAUAAAGGACCCGAAGGAGGUUUAUACAGAUACCGAUAUUGGGUAUACGCUCUAACAAUCAUUAUUCCAUUGAUAAUGGCAGCCCUGGUAUUUGUCGAGGGCCGUAAGUCUUAUCGACCAUACAUUACCUGGUGUUAUUUGCCAGUAAGACCAUUAUGGUACAGAUUAGUAUUAUCUUGGAUACCGAGAUAUAUAAUCAUUGUAACCAUUGUGUCCAUAUAUGUUGCCAUUUACAUAUAUGUCAAGCUACAAUACCGCGAGGUGGUAAGGAAUUUCAGUCAAAGUCAAAGCUACGUCGAUAAAUACGAUGCUAAGCUUGUAGGAAAGGGAAUCCGUCCUCGGUUUAGAAGAGGUUGGAGAAUGUUCAAGGCGGGUACCUUGUCGUUUUUGUCAUAUUUUCCCGGAUUUGCAUUCCUGGCUACAUCCAAUGAAAACAUAACUGAUUCACCCAGUCAACCGAUAGACGUUCAAGCCAACACAAUAGCCGAAUUUCAACGAGCAAGCAUGGCCGACUUUCAGUUCCGUCGUUCUGUCAUUGAAAGACAAAUAAGAUCGAUCUUUGUUUAUCCUACAGCAUAUGUAUUUUUAUGGCUGGCACCAUUCGCGCUUCAAUGUCUUCAAUUUAGAAGCGACCUGACCAAAAGUACAGUUUUCUGGGUCAAUGCUAUUGCUGCUUUUAUGCAGCCUUUUAACUGUGUUGUUGAUACUAUUGCAUUCUUUAUUCGUGAGACUCCUUGGAGAAAUCGUGAAGAGCGUGUAUUCAAAAAGGAAACGGGGCGUAAGAUUCUACGAGGCCUCAGUAUUCGAAGAACUGACGGGUGCAAAUGGAAUUCCAGUCGCAGCCCCUCAUCACCAUCUAGUGACAAGCCAUCUCGCAACACUCAAGAAUCAGACCUGUAUACACCAGAUAUCAAGGGUGGUUACGAUGUGGUGGAGUUACAGACCCGCGGUCGUCAAUAUUCAAAUGACGAUAUAAUGACAGGAGGAUCGAGCAGCACCAACUACUCGCCUAAACACACGGUAUAUCCACCAUUCCCUGGCAAUGAGCUCGUUCGCAGUGAUAAUCUUGAUGCUGAGUCAGAUGCCGACAUAGACAUUUUUGAGUUUCUCAAAGGACCACCACCGCAUCCAUAA